CUUCUCGUGUCUUUGUUCAGACUUUCCACAUCAUCCAUCCGCAGGAUGACGGACGGCAGGCCGCACUGCCACCCCUGACAGCCUUUUGGGGGCUGCUGAUGAUCAGCCCAGAGGUUCUGCGGGGUUUGUGGGGCAGCCAUGAGCUGUCCCACAGGGAGUCACCAUGAGAGGGAGGGACUUAGGCAGCGGGACAAUGCUGGUGUUUGUGCAACGGCCCCUGAGCGGCGGGCAGUUCUCUCUGAUCGCUCUCGCUUGACUACCACUGCUGCCAGCUCUGGGAGAGAAGAGGACGGAUCCAGCCGGCGGUGGGAUGCUUCAGCACAGACGGUGAGACAGGGGUCUGGUUUUCAUGUGAGGUGCAGCAAAGCAGAAAGGCUGGCCCCCCAAGAAACACACAUUCAGCACCUGGUCUUUCAGAGGGGAAAGGGGGGGGGCUCCCUUCCCUCCCUCGGCCGUUGGACAGGUGAGGCCUGAUACCUGUUGGCGACUUUGGGGUUUGCGCUGAGGAGGAGGAGAGGAGCGGGGGCCUCCUGAGGAGCUGGCAGGAUGGGAGAAAAGAAAGUGAGGUGAGGUUUGCAACAACAAGUCCCUUUAACCCUUUAAACCCUCUGAACGUGUGAAUCUGCUGAGGCCAUCAGCGUCUCUGUUUUAUUUGCACACAUUUCCAUAACUGGCCAACUCAUUUGCACCAUUUGUCUGGUCUGCCUGGUCCCGCCGGGUCUGUUUAUAUGUGUGUGCAUGCCUACGCUGAUCCCUUUUGCAGUCUCCCCGCUAAGCUGAUUAAUGGGGGCGUGGCAGGCCUGGUCGGCGUGACAUGUGUAUUUCCUAUUGACUUGGCAAAGACCCGCCUACAGAACCAGCAGGGAAUCCAAGUCUACAAAGGAAUGUUUGAUUGUCUGGCUAAGACGGUGCGCUCAGAGGGCUACUUUGGAUGCUACAGGGGGGCAGCAGUGAACCUGACCCUAGUCACACCAGAAAAAGCAAUCAAACUGGCAGCGAACGAUGUGUUCAGGCAGAAGCUGUCGAAGGAUGGGCAUCUGCCCCUUUGGGGGGAGGUCCUUGCUGGCUGUGGGGCUGGGACCUGCCAGGUGGUGGUCACCACACCCAUGGAGAUGCUGAAGAUCCAGCUGCAAGAUGCGGGGCGGCUUGCUGCACAACGACCGGUGUCGGCCGCAGCUCAGGCCGCUGCUCCUGGUCCAGCCCCAUCGUUAGUGGCGCCUCCACCACAAGCACAGCCAGCUCCUCCACAGCGGCCCUCCGCCACCAGCAUCACUGCGCAGCUGCUGAAGACCCGAGGCCUGGCGGGCCUUUACAGGGGAGCGGGAGCUACCUUAAUGAGGGAUGUUCCCUUCUCCAUGAUCUACUUCCCACUGUUCGCCAACCUCAACGCGCUGGGCCGGGACAGCGCCGGCAGCCAGGCUGAGACGCAGGCCCGGGCGCCGUUCUGGCAGUCCUUCGCGGCCGGCUGUUCUGCCGGCUCCGUGGCUGCUGUGGCUGUGACGCCUCUGGAUGUGAUAAAGACCCGUCUGCAAACGUUACAAAAAGGCGAAGGCGAAGACACGUACAGAGGAAUUGUGGACUGCACGCGACGCAUCCUGGAGCGCGAAGGCCCGUCCGCCUUCCUGAAGGGUGCGACGUGCCGCGCUCUGGUCAUCGCUCCUCUCUUUGGCAUCGCACAGGUCGUCUACUUUCUUGGGGUGGGAGAAACAGCCUUGGGGUUUUUUGGAUAGCAGCGAAAAGGCAUUUACAUCCACGUAUGUGUCGUUUAUAUUAACACGGUGCACAGAAUAAACAGAGAUGUUUACAUACGUUUCUGCUAAAGCACAGAAGAUCAUAGAAUGGUUCUUUACUAAAAAUAAAAGAUCUUUAGGAUCUUACACGAUGACAGACAGGUUUUUUGUUUUAAAAAAAAAAGGUAUUUUACGCGUGUGACUAAUCUAAAUGUUCAGUCAGGGUUUCCCAGAAGGGUGCUUUGUGCAAUAUGCCAGAGCCGGUUCAUUUCCAAUGAUUUUCUGGUUGUAAUGAAGAACUUCUGCAUGUAGAAUGAGGCCAAACAUUAACCCAGGGGUCUGCAGCCUGAGGCUCCGGAGCCACUGGUGGCUCUUUUGCCACCCCCCAAGUGGCUCUCUGGUUGAAGAAAAAAGCUUUUUUAUUUUAAAAAGUUACAAAUUUUUUGGACUACAAGGAGGAUCAAGUUAAACUAAACAGUCAAAUGAGUCACAGUACCUAUCACCCCGCAAGGCCAUAGACUACACUACCCAUAAUCCUCCAACAAUUCUUUAAGCUGCAUUUAUUGAAGGCAUACUAAAACAUUUUGAGCGCCGUUUAUUACAGAAAAUCAACCAGGAUUCAUACUUAAGGUGCACCAGAUUAUUGGGUGGAUUUUCUGUUUUUUUCUAAAAACAAUUCAAGAAUUCAUGGUGCGCCGUAAAGUCCAGAAAUCCAGUAAGGGUCCAUAAUUAGCUCUGAUUUCUGUCUGAGAGGCACCACAAAUGUUCAAAUAACAUUACCUACUAUUUUCUGCAUUAAGAUGAAUAAAUUGGUGUCUUAUUUUGAAAUGAAGUCACGUGAACCUCUGUCAAAAAUUAUGAACCAUUUCAUAUUUAGGAAAAAAGUUGCAUUUUUUUUCUAUUUGUAUGGUUUUAUUUAUGCCCAAAACAAAAAAAAAGUUCAUUUAUAUUUAUCAUAAUCGUGAUAAAUAAAAACUAGUGUUUUUUUGUUGUUUUCCUAAAGGAGGCAGAGAGACUUUGUGGCUCCUGUUGGGUUUUAGUCAAUGAGAAAUGAACCCGAUUGGCUCUUUUUAAGUGUUGAAGCUCGCAGACCCCUGUGGCAAUGCCAUCCCACCAUUUCUUUGGUUCUUCCAUCCUCACGUAAGGUCAGAAAUAGCAUUUUCCGCCUGAAUUUCAGGUGACAUAACAUGUGAGCUCAGAGGCUUGGCCAACAUAUUCAGUUUACUACGCUAACACCCCCCCUCCCCGCCACACGCUGUAGGUCCAGAUCUUGGAUUAAUUUGCUGCUCAGGAAGGUGCUUCCUGUCAAGCCUCUCUUAAGUCAUCUGCUAAUCUGAUUGUAAUGCUUUAAUACCCGUUUUGGCAAACAAUAAAGCUCAACACAAAGGUCCCUUCCUGCUUAGAGGUCAAAGGUUGGACUGCUGGAACCGCCAGGGUUCAUUUCCCGCAGCUUUCUUGGGCUUAAAAGAAAACGGACACUUGUAUUUUUGAUACAUCACAACAAAAAAGAAAAAAAUCAGUGUAGGAGGUGAUAAUCAAGGCCUUAAUGCUGUCAUUUAGAGACAGCUAAAUGAGGAACGAGGUGCUGUUGAAAGACGGAGUCUUAAUUAUCUGAGACAUUUGUAAAUGUUGGAGCCCUGAAGGAAAUUUUUUUUAAUGCAAAUCCCGCUGUGUUGUCGCCGGAGCCUCCAAGCCGUUCCAAUAUCCAGAAUGUAGAGGGGAUGCAGUUUAAAGGUCCACAAGCUGGAAAUAAAAAAAUCCUCUUGUCUCAGA